GUUUUGUUGGAUAGACAGACAGUCUAAAUUGGGUAUCGACACCUUGUCUUUUAUCAUUACUUCCAUUUUGCCUCUGGGCAGAACAUUGUAAAACAACUUUUUGUUGUAACAGCAAAAAAAAAUUCUUGAAUUGUAAUCAAUUGCAAACGGAUUAACAGCGCUUUUGUGCCUGAAUUUCGUUAAGUGCAGUUACUUUUAACUUUUGUUCUGUGAAAGUCGUGGCCUGCGUGUCAGAUUGCUUCGCCUCUCACGAUGGCAGCAGCAGUUAAACCCUCUCUGUCCACUGAUAAAUACUCGUGCCCAGUAUGUCUGGAGCUCCUGAAGGAGCCGGUCAGUCUUACGUGUGGGCACAACUAUUGUCUUGACUGCAUCAACGACUACUGGGACAAGGCAGACAAAGAGGAGAUUUACAACUGUCCUCAGUGCCUAAGAACUUUUAACAUGAGGCCAGAGAUUAACAGAAAUGUAAUGUUAAAAGAUAUAAUCGAGAAACUACAAGACAUGGAAGUCGCGGUCUCUCCAUCCCAGCAUUACGCCGGACCUGACGAUGUGCCCUGUGAUGCGUGUACAGGGAAACAACUGAGAGCAGUAAAGACCUGCCUGACGUGCAUGGCCUCCUACUGUGAGACACACCUGCGGCCUCACCGGGAAUCAGAAGCCUUCAAAAGACACAAACUGGAGGAGCUGAUUGGAAACAUCGAAGAGAAACUCUGCACGAAACAUCAGAAAGUUCUGGAAAUAUACUGUAGGACCGAUGAGAGCUGCGUCUGUUUACUGUGUGCGGCGACUGAACAUAAGAGCCAUGACACGGUGACACCUGAAGAAGAGAGAGCUGAGAGACAAGGCCAUUUAGUGAACAGCAUAUCAACACUGAAAAAGAGAAUUCAAGAGAAAGAGAAGGAACUGGAGGAAGUGAAGGAGGUCAUAGUGAGGAUUCAGUGCUCCGUAGUGAUAGAAAUACUGGAACAUGAAAAGACCUCAACAUCUCUACUACAGUCCAUAGAAAGGCUUGGGUCAGAGGUCACUGGAGUGAUUAAAGAUCAAGAGAAGAUGGAAGUGACAAAGGCUCAAGAGUUUAUUGUUCAACUGGAAAAGGAGAUAAAGGACCUGAGGAGUAGAGAUGCUGAGCUGGCCCAACUUUCACAGAUUGAUGACCACAUCCACUUCCUAAAGAAGUUUUCGCUUUCCUCUUUCACCCCCGGAGAUGGUGAUUCACCCAACAUCACUUUUAAUGGAGAUUUUCUUCCUGAGACCCUGAAAAAGGACCUGAGUGAUCUGAAGGAGAGUUUGGAGAAACUCAGUAGUUUGGAACUUCUGAAAACCAGUGAAACUAUGGUCAGUUCUCCAGACCAUGCCAUGAAGUAUCUGAGAAUUGGAGAUCAAGCUUUCAAAUGCAAGUCUGCUUCUGUUCGAAAGUUUUAUAAUGUACUUUCAUAUUUAAGAUGAAAGGCUUUCACGAGUGCUUUCAGAAGUUUCUUUAAUCUUUAAUGCCUUAAACAAGAAUUAGACCUGUAAUAGCAAAUGUAUAUUCUCUUUUCCUUUUAAAAGUUUGAUUAGA